AUGAUGACGAAUCGAUGCGUCCGACUGGUGCUACUGGCGCUCGUCGUGCUGGCGGUCGCAUGGGACAUCGCCUGUACCGGCCUCCUGCUCUGGGACGCAGUCGCCUGCCUUGUCGCGAUGUGGAUCGCAAUCUACCUCACGCCGGCCCGACGCACCUUCGCGAUGCCUUCUAGCCAUGACGACGACGACGACGACGAGGAUGAGGACGUCGUCUAUCUCGGGACUUUGUCGCCGCCGAUGCCAAGCGUUUGGCAGCAUUUUGUGCAGAAGCAGUGCGGCGCGUUUGCGUGGCGCUGGACGACACCGUGGACGGCGCUGCUUUGGUGCUUUGCGUCCGUCUACGCGGCCGCGGCCGUUCUCGCAGGCGGCCGCCUCGUGGCAAAGGCGCUCGGGUGCACGUCGUCUCCGUGGCUCGAACAGGUGCUGCAGGCUCUUGGUGAAUUUAUGGACUCGUAG